CCGCUGCCGGCGCUUGCCGUUUCCAGUGUACCUGGCCUUGUGCUGCCUGCUGUGUGUGAUGGUUUGCGAGUACCUGGCUCUGAGCUUGAGCCUUCAAACCAGCCAGCUAAAAGGCAGUGGAGCAAAAUGUUUUUAACGACAGUAUUACUGCGGAAGGGAAUUCCUGGCAAACAAUGGAUUGGGAAGUACAGGCGACCAAGACAGGUUACCAUUUCGAUGAAGCAAGCAAUGGUCCGAAGGUUGGAAAUUGAAGCAGAGAAUGAAUAUUGGCUCAGCCAGCCUUACCUGACAAAGGAACAGGAAUACAAACACAACUCGGAAGAGAGACGUGCCAAGUGGGAAGCUUUCAAAAGCCAGAAACGAGCCAAGUUUCCUGAGCACAGAUACAUCAGCGAUCAUUUAAACCACUUAAAUGUGACAAAGAAGUGGACAUGUUGAAUAACACAGCAUAUUUAUAUUUGUCACAUGCCGUGCACUACCCUGGGAUCUGCUCUCGUACCUUUUAUGGUGUUUCACUGUAAUUCGGGUGGGUGACAAAUAAGAUGUUGCUGUGGUGUACAAAAUACUACAUUAAAAGUAGUCCCCUGGAACAGUG